AUGGCAGCCAAUGGGCGGCGCCGCAGGGGGGCGCUGAGCGGGGCCGCCGGGGGCGGAUGUUCGUGGAGAGCGGGCGCGGCGCGGCCGGGCGCGGAGUGGGGCCGGGAGGUCAGUGAGUGCGUGAGUGAGUGCGGGGCCGGCCGGGGGUCGGCGGGCGUUUCCUUCUCAACCCGCGCUGCCGCCGUGCGUGCGGGAGCUGCGAGCCGCCGAGGAGUUUGCGUCUGUCGGCUCGGCGGGGCCUACGGCGCGGGAAGCGACCGGGCCGCCUUUCUGGGUCGGCAGCGGUUCCGUUACCGCGAGGAGCGGCCGAAGCGGGGCGCGUUGGCGGCAGCUCCAGCCGCGCCGUGCCGGCGGAGGGCGGCGCUUCCAGCCGCGCCGCGUGCCGCGCCCGCUCCCCCGGGACCGCCGGGCGCAGCGCUCCGCUCCGGGGCCGCGGCCCAAAGGGCGCCGUGCCGCGCGCAGCCGCCCCCACCCGCGGCUCCGCGGCUCUCUGGGCGUUACGCGGACGCGCUCCGCGCUGCCGUCGUUGUUUUACUCCCGCCGCGGCGGGAGGUGCGGGGCCCGGCCGUGACCCGCGGGGUGCGCUCGGAUCGCGCUCACGCGAACGCGGUGUGGCGGUCAUGUUCUCCGUAUCAGUGGCUUCAGCCCGCGGAGGAGACGAGGUUCGAUCUCGCAGCAAUUCCAGAGGUGUUGCUACGGAGGCAUCCCGAAUCCCUUCCAGAGAUGGUGUGA